AUUUGUUCUAUAUUAAAAAGCAAAAAGAAAAUAUUAAAGUGCAAUAAAUUUUAAGAAAAUAAAAAAGUAAAAGUAAAAAAAAGCAAUAAUUUUUUUCCUUUUGUGUGUCUCUUUGGAUUUUCUAGAAAAAUAAUAUCAAAAAUUUAAUAAACACUUGCCGUCCCGUGCCACAAUAAAAUAGUAAAUUAAAAAUUUGAUCCACUUAGACUAAAAUUAGAGAAUCAUUUUAGAUCUCACUAUACACAGGAAGUUCCAAAAAAAAAAAAGAAUUGAAAUAAAUCUAGAACUUAAAUAGCUAAUUAUGUUUAUGAAAGUGAUAUUAAAUUACAUAAUUCUUUUAAAUGGAAUUCUAAUUCAAAAUGUUGUGUCUUCAAACGAUACCCAGUCUGAUGAUAUUGUUAAUGAUUGGUGGAAAUCAAUGGUUUUAUAUCAAAUCUAUCCAAGAUCAUUUAAAGACAGUAAUGGUGAUGGAAUUGGUGAUCUUAGAGGUAUUAUAGGAAAAUUAAGUCAUUUAAAAGAUUCUGGUAUUAGAGCAGCAUGGUUAAGUCCUAUUUUUGAAUCACCAAUGGCUGAUUUCGGUUAUGAUAUAUCAAAUUUUAUGGCAAUUGAAUCUGAUUAUGGUACAAUGAAAGAUUUUGAAGAUUUACUAGAGGAAGCUAAUAAAUUAGAUAUUAAAAUUUUGUUAGAUUUUGUUCCAAACCAUUCGUCAGACAAAUGUGAAUGGUUUAUAAAAUCAAUUAAUCGUGUACCAGAUUAUGAAGAUUUUUAUAUAUGGGCAGAUCCGAUUAUUGAUAAAGAUGGAAAACAUCAUCCACCAAAUAAUUGGAUAUCUGUAUUUUAUGGUCCUGCUUGGACUUAUAAUGAAAUACGCCAACAAUAUUAUUUACAUCAAUUCACAUCUGGACAACCUGAUUUAAAUUAUCGAAAUCCUAAAGUUAUUCAAACUAUGGAUAAUGUAUUAAAAUUUUGGUUAGAUAAAGGUGUUGCUGGUUUUCGUGUUGAUGCCGUUAAUCAUAUGUUUGAAGUUGAAAAUUUACUUGAUGAACCAUUAAGUGGAAAAUCUACUGAUCCGAAAAGUUAUGAUUAUUUAAAUCAUUGGCAUACAACAAAUUUGAAAGAAAGCUAUGAAAUGAUUUAUCAUUGGAGAGAUUUAUUAAAUAAAUAUAAAGAAGAAAAUGGUGGUGAUACUAGAAUUUUAUGUACAGAAGCUUAUGCAAAUAUAUCAUUUACUGUUGAUUAUUAUGAAGAUAUUAAUGGACGGCAAGGAUCUCAAAUACCUUUUAAUUUUUUAUUAAUUGGUGAACUUAAUGAAAAUUCAGAUGCAAGAGAUUUUAUAUAUACAAUAAGUAAAUGGUUAAUAUAUAUGCCUAGAAAUGGUAUAGCAAAUUGGGUUAUUGGAAAUCAUGAUAAUCCAAGAGCUGGAAGUCGUUUUGGUAUAGAGAAAAUUGAUCAAAUGAAUAUGUUAAUAAUGACAUUGCCUGGAAUUGCUGUCACUUAUAAUGGUGAAGAAAUUGGUAUGAUAGAUUAUAGAGAGAUAACAUGGGAGGAAACAAAAGAUCCAGCUGCUUUAAAUACAAAUAAAGAAGUUUAUAAAAAAUAUUCAAGAGAUCCAGAAAGAACACCAUUUCAAUGGGAUGAUUCAAAGAAUGCUGGAUUCUCCGUCGGGGAUACAACAUGGUUGCCAGUCAACCCUAAUUAUAAAAAUUUAAAUUUAAAAAAAGAAAUUGAAGAAAAACGAAGUCAUUAUCAACUUUAUAAAAAAUUGGUUAGUUUACGAAAGUUACCAACCUUGAGGAAUGGAAAUUUUUAUCCUUUGGCGUUAAAUCGAAAUGUUUUAGCAUAUAAAAGAGAAUUGGAAAAUCAUUGCACCAUUGUCGUUGUUAUAAAUUUAAAAGAAUUCAAUGAAAUUGUUGAUUUAAAAAUUUUAGGAAAUUUACCCGAAAAAUUAUUAGUUUUGGCUGCUGGCAGUAAUUCAGAAUAUGAGGAAGGGGCCAUAAUUGAUACCGAUAAAUUACAUCUUUUCGGAUAUGACUGUUUAGUACUUCAAGGUGAAAAUGUAGAUUUAAAGAAAAAACGUGAAAUUAUCAAAACAAUUAUAAAAGUUGGAAAUGUACUGUUGGUUAGCGUUUUAAUGUUUAGACUCUGGAAUAAUAAAUGGACAAAAUUAUCCUUAUAUCCGAAAGGAAUUUAAAUAACAAGCAUAACAACUAUAUUAAGGAUAUUUUUUAAUUUUGGUAUUUUUUUUUUUUAAAUUUACGCUUAUUGUGGAAAAGGAAAAUCGAAAAAAAUGUAAAUUUUUUUUAAAGGAGAAAACAUGUGUAUAAAAAAUA